AAAAAAUAUGAGCGGAUCAGCAACAUUGAUCUUUAAAACACUGCCUUCAUACGAAGUGCACGAAUGGUAAGUUUAGAAUUUAUAUCUCUGACCUUGAGGUUGCCUACUAAGUGUGGUUAUUCUAAAGCGUAGCGUCACUAGAAUAAAAUGACCGUCGGUGAGAUAAAAGGGAAAUCUAAAGUUGAGGAUAGGUCUGAAAAGAAAAACCAAAAGCCAGUCGAGAAGAUAGAUAUUACACUUUUGGAGGAAGAUGACGACUUCGAAGAGUUUCCAGCUCAUGCUUGCGUAGAAGGCCAUCCUAACGAGGAAGCCACUGUUUGGGAAGACAACUGGGAUGAUGAUAUUGUGGAUGACGAGUUUACUCACCAUUUAAGAGCUGAGUUCCAAAAACAGGGAAAGGCCUUCGUUGUACCUGAAAUCUCUGCGAAUUUGGAUUAAAAACUUCAGAAAAUAUGAUAUAAUUAAAUAAAGUUCUCUAAAUCGCCUA